UCGUCCGCUGGAAGCAGAGACGAUAGCGGUGACAUUUUUGUGUUUCUGCUGCUUCAAUUUGGCCAGAAUUCUCUUGCAUUGAGUGACUUAGGCUUUUAAGGAUAUAAGGGUUUCUGCUCGUUUAUUCUGAAUUCAGACAGGGUAGCCUUUUAGACCAAUCAUGGCGAGUCUUUCAUUGAAACACUUGGUUUUCAUUUCGGCUAUGGUAGCCUGCUUCUCAUUGGCCAAUGCAGCGGAGGUAAUGGAUGACGAAUUCUGGACCAAUUUCAUGUUCAUGUAUCAAAAUCAUACCACGUGUGGACACGGCAUGAUGCCGACCACCGACGAUGUGGAGCCCGAGAUGGAGGGUGACGGGCCUAUGAUGAUGGGUGCUGUGAACGCGAUGGAGGGCGAGUUUCCAUGGCAGGCCGCCAUCUUUCUUAACUCCUACAAGGUCUGCAGUGCAGCUCUGAUUCACGAGGAGUGGCUCCUCACUUCAGCAAGCUGUCUCCCUUUCCUGUACCCAGAUAAGUACAAGGUGGUCGUCGGGACGACAUCCGUGAUCAUGAGCGACACCAUGGCCGCGGACCACCCCAAUAUGCAGUACAGCAUGGUCAAGGAGUUCUACGUCCAUCCCGACUACGACGCACGACGAUGGGCCCACGAUGUCGCCCUCGUCAAGAUCGAAACGGCCUUCGUGCUCAACGACUACGUGAAUGUGAUCUGCUUGCCGAUUCCGACAAUGCAAGGUCACUUCCACGGCGGCGUGAAGGCGACCGUGGCUGCCUUUGGGAAUCCCAUGAUGAAGAUGGAACCACAAUGCCCGGAUGUAGAAGAGAGCGCUUUUGGAAUCUGCACCGAGUCGUGCACGUCAGAUGAAGAGUGUCAAGAUAAUGAGAAAUGUUGCAGCAACGGUUGCGGCCACCAAUGUACGACGUUGCCAGCCCAACCCACAAUGAUGCCAGAGAUGGAAGGGGGCAUCACGCCUGGCAUUCUCCACAAGUUCAAACUGCCCCUCCUCAACAUCUCAACGUGCAGGGGCAUGUUCAGCGACGACCUCCCCGACGGUCUCUUCUGCGCCGGGGGAUGGGGUACAAGAUGAAAGAAGGCGGCCUCCUCCCUUUCCUCAAGAAGAAGAUGACGAUGAUGAAGAUGAUGGAGGGAGGGAUGGAUGAAGAGGA